GGCAACAAUAACUUUGAACUGUGUAGGUUAUGAUGGGACAUUUUCCCCCCUCAAUCUCAGCUUCAAGACCGCCGUUUUCCGCUGAUCUGAAGCGGGCAGUUGUUGACACGCGCGCAGGAUCUACAGAGCUGAAAUAUUCUUCUGAAAAUCUUCAUUUGUGUUCUGCUGAAGAAAGAAAGUCAUACACAUCUGGGAUGGCAUAUGGUGAAAAUCAAAGACUAACAAAAGAAAACAGAAGCCACAACGAAGUGCCCUCGGCCUGGAUGAAACUGAUUGGAGUCCCAGCAAGAAAUACAAGUUUUCUAAAGUAUAUAAACUAUUAAUUGUUUUUGUGAGCCAGAGGUUUUUGAAGGGAUAUUGAUUUUUCUCAGAUUGAUGACUAUUUUUUAUCAACUGCUACCAAAACCAGUGCCAAACAUUAACUGUGCCAACCAGAAGAAAUUAUUUCACCUGCAUUUUUGAAUUUUUCCUUAUCCAUUUAAGUCAAGACAGAUUUUUUUUUUUUUUCCACAAUCAACACUGACAUUGAUUUAAAUUUUGACUUUAUUUUCAACAAUCGUUUUUAAUUCAAUAGCAUGUAAUAGCUCCCAAAUUGAAAAGUUUUGCAUGGUUCUGAAACAAAGAGGCAGAAUAGUGCUUUAUUGGUUAAACAUGCUAUAUGUAAGUGUGGAUGUUAGUAAUGCAUUAGCCUGAGAGAGUUCGGCUCCUGAUCGAUUGAUCGAUGGAUGGACAGGCUUAUGGAUGGCUGGCACAAGCCUCAUUAAAUUUUCCAAAGUGAGCUGCUGCUAAUUCAGUUGAUUAGUCAUCUGUUCCUCUCACAAAAGCCCAUUUAACUCUUCCUCUACAUCUUUAGUGUCUUUAGUCAUCCAUCUCGAAAUCCUUUCUUUUGCUCCUCUCCUCUUCCUUUGCCUCUACGGACUCUGCAUGUUUAGAGCAUGCAGCAAAACCCUUAAGAGUCUAAGGGUUAAAUACUGAAGCCAUACUUCUCAUAGCCAUAUUAACGUCAAGAUCCCUGUCAUCAUUGUGAAGAAACAGGUGGAUGGGUAUAUUCAGGAAUAAUUUAAGAGGUCUGCAUGACGUUCUGUCAUAUUCUGCCAUAUUCACCAGAGAGCCAUUGACGCAUUUACUGUGUUGCCAGUGGGACAAUGUUUAAAGUUGUUCCGCUACUUGAAAAAAAAGUCUUCACCGUACUCUUAGAAUAGGAUCUUUGGUGGAAACAUUAUUGAGUUCGCUUGCUGGUCUCUACGUGCCCCACAUUGACGGAUGAAUCCCGACUUGUUCAUGUCUGUUCAGUGGGCUCAACCAUGCUGUCCUGCCAGAACUGGGCCCAAGCCCCCGUUUGUUUUAUUUUGUUGGGUUGAGCUAAAUCCAGAGCAGAGACACUCAAUCAAGAGGGUCCAACACACAUAGACCCUCAAGUAGACAGCCUUUACCUUGACUCAGCAUCCUUCCAUUUCCUCUCUUCUCCUGAACACUUCUUCCUUUCUAGUCUGACUUGUGUUGUCAAACCAGAAACUAGUAUACCUGCUGCUUGUUACACUUUGUGAGUGCCCUAUAACUAUAUACACUCUUCCAAAGCCUUCGUAAUUAGCCUUUGUCUCGCUGUGCUGCCUUUAGAAAAAGAUCAGCUCUUCCUGGUUGUAAAGUUCUGAGGUUUCAUUUCUGAACUUCUUAAAGUUGUACUUUCAUUGCUUAGUUCUAUCUUAAUCUCUAUACUCAUUGACUUCCUUUUGAAACUUAAAAGAUAAAGUACUUAGUAUUUUUCUGUGGACAUUUCAUGAGAACUGACACUGUUAGCCUGAUUAUUUGAACUGCACAACAGAACCUCAAUGACGUUGGUGUUUUGAAAGGUAGUCUCACAGACAUUCUUAUUGACGUGAGCCUAAAGCGCCAAACAACUGAGAUUUGUUUACGAGACAACAUCAGUUCUUGGAGCUGACGAUGACAAUUGUUUACAAGGAAUAGCUCAGUAGUAGAUACUGUUUCCUUAAGGGUGAUAUACCAUUUCUUUCUAUAGAGUUAUUUAGUGGGUCGUCGUGUAAGACAACUGAAGUGCCAACCCGAAAAGAGAACAUUUGUGAAAACAAGUAGACUUUGAGAUAUAGUUUACACUCAAACAGAAAUGUUUACAUGUUUCCCAUAAGAUGAACUCAGACUGAGAUUUGAAUGAAUCGUUAGUGCCAUAGAUCAGUUAUAUAGACUUAAAGUAAAAACACCUUUAAAAAGAAACUGUACCCAUGACUUUGACUUUUGUGACACUUUAAAAAAUUUACAUUGUUUACAGAACUAAAUUGCUUACAAAAAAAGUUUAAAAAAAAAACAAAUAUUCUUUGUUUGCAUUUAAAUCAUUUCCAUAUUUUUAAGCUGUUGUUUAUAGAAUAUUCCAUGGAGAAGAUUUUAAUCCAAAUAUUUAGUUUUGUGCCAAAUCAAAGUUUUAAAACAUUCCAGCUCACACUCAUUAAAUUCAAACAAGCAUAAAACUUGUAUAUAGAUUUACCUCGUUGCGAAUAAUCUCCAUAGAAAUAUGUUUACACCCUGACCGAGAGUCUCAUGCCAUGCUUUUUCUUUAACCUGAACUCCUGCACUUGGAUGUGCAUUUUGCAUAUUGAAUAAUUUGCAUACUGGUGUAUGCACGUGUGAAAGAGAGAAUAACUUUACAUGUCUUAUAUAUUGCCGCACUGACUUGCAACUUUUGAUAGUCAUCUCUUUAAUACAUAAGCUUUUUGUAGGCCUGACAAGUCUUUUGUAUAAAGGCUUCACAUUUUUUCAUCUUUGAAUAAAAAGCCCCCUGUACCAAGAUGCCACCUGCUGCCAUCUUGUUUUUCCUCCUAUUUGGCCCUGUGCUCUCUACAGUGACUAUUACCUCGGAACGCUCCUCAGUGAAUGGGGGGCCAGUGCUGCUUCUGUUGCGAGGACGCAACCGCAAGGUUCCUCCUCUCCAGCUGGACAUACGAGGCAAGGAAUCUGCUGCCAUGGCAGCAGAGCCAGAGGCUGCCGAGAUCCCUCCAAAACCCCUACCACAGAUUAUGCUACCCCGUAAUGUGACAGCUGACGCCCUGAAGCCCCCAUUGGGUGCCGCUCAGGUGGCGCCUCCUCCUCGUCGGCUGGUGGAUGUAGAUGUUUGUCAAGGUUACUACGAUGUGAUGGGACAGUUUGACAACACUUUCAAUUGCACCAGGGGAACCUACAUCUACUGCUGUGGCACCUGCCAUUAUCGCUUCUGCUGCGAGCAUCAGCGCAACCGUCUAGACCAAGAGUCUUGCACUAACUACCGCUCACCCGACUGGGCCAACACGGGACCCAUUACCCAGUCCCCAGUCCGCCACGACCCUGAUUUUGACCCACUACAUCAACAAAGCAACAACACGGCAUACGUCAUUGGGGGAGUCAUCUCUUUUACGAUGGCUGUGGCCAUUGGGGUUAAAGUGGCCUUCCAUAAACUGUCUCGACGACCAAGGAACAGAGACAUCAAUAUGCCUAGAGCACUGGUGGACAUUCUGCGUCACCAGUCCAGCCCUGUCCGACAAGGAGAGAGAAACAACAGUACGGUCCAUACAACUACCACCUCCAGUGAAGGCACACUAGGGCGGCCGUCUAAAACUUUCUACCCUCCUGUCCUCCAGAGCAAAGAUAACCGAAUUGGGAAACACAAUUUUGUACAUACUGGGUCCAGUCCUAAACACACAGCUACCAUCGAGCGAGUUCCACGCAUGAACAACACCCAGCUGGUCUCCACAGGAACGCUGCUCUCCAGCAAGCACAGUAAUUCUGGCUUUCACCCCUCUCUCUCUCACUCCUUUCAUAACCUUGCCCAACUACCUCCAUCAUACGAGACCGUCAUGAAACCAGAGAUCAACCGCUACAGCUCCCUUAAGAGACUAGAGAAAAACCUGGAUGACUAUUCUGGAUAUUACACCUCCAAGCAAAGGCCAAACAACGCUCCGCCCAGUUUCCACUCCUCCCAGCACCACCUGCACUGGGGCGGUGACUUUACACUGGGUGCCAGAGGUACUUUGCCUCUCCAUGCAUCCCGCACGCGAAUCCAUGUGCCCAGUUCCACAUCCACCCCCAACCCCUACCCUUUACCCCCGACGCAGUACCACCCCACCUUCGACUCAUUGAGUAAGCCACCUCGCCGUGUGAUGUCCCAAGACCAGCUUCUGGCACUGGGGGAGGGUAACACUCUCUCACGCCUCUCCAAGAACCAGCAGCAUCAGUAUUACAAACCCAUGACCACAAGCAAGAGCUCCAACCAGACUUUACGCAAGUCUCACGAGCGCCUCCUGGUGUCACCAGACCGCCUGGAGGAAAGAAUGAUGGGCGGGAGAAUGGGUGAUUACGGUGCGAUGGUGCCCACCAUGUCCCAUCUUACCCACAACCAGAAAGCGCAGUCCCAGCAGAACGUAUGUGUGACGCCAUCACUCGACCGCCAUCACAUGAUCAAAAUGAAUUCACACCCUACCACCGGCAGUGAGCAAGACCACACGAUCGCGACCAUGUCGUCUGGUCAUGGGGGCGGGACUUUGGGUUGGGGUGAGGGCCACGGUUCCGGUGGAGGACCUGGAACGAUGGGCCAUAGCGCUCGCCGGAUGGCCUUUGCCACAAAACGACAGAACACCAUUGAACAGCUGCACUUCCUUCCUGGAGGGAGUGGCGGUCAGGCACUUAGGACAGGGAGCAAGAAUGAAGUGACUGUGUGAGUGAAAAGAAAGAGAAAAUAUGGCUAAGGAGAUGAUGGACAGAUGAGGUGUGAUUGCGCAAGCCGAGGAGAGGGUAGACAGUGGAACAUAAAGAAGGCUAUGACCUGAGACAGAAAUGAAGAACGAAAUGGAGGAAGGAAAACACAGAAAAGGCUUGAAGAUUAAUGGGGGGUAGAAAGAGGCUAAGCCAGUAUCGCUAAGCCUUGAAUGAGAGAAAGAGUGAUAUGAAACUAUAACAAAAGUGAUUCAGUAGAUCCUUAAAUUGCUAAAUUCUCAAUAAUUGGAAACCUGAAGAGGGGGUCCAGAUCUCUUCUGAAUGCGUGUAGCAUUUAGUUAGUGUUUUGAUAGCACUAUUCAGAAAUGUUCUGAGAAGAUACAAAUAGAAUGCAGGUAAAAGUAGAUAAUUAUUAGAAUAGGGCAAGUUUUCUCUAGUGAGAACAUUCCAACUCAUUAUAUUGACAGAUGUUAAAGCCAAAUGGUUUAGGGUUCAAUUCAGUUUUAUUCUGUUGGAUUAGAUGACAGCAAUUGACUGAUAGAACCUUGCCUCAAGAGUUCACUGAAAGUUUGCCAAAUUUUUGGUUUGCGAUCCAACAGUACGACACCACACAAAGUGUCAUUCGUCAGUCAAAUGAGGGAACAAUGAGAUAUUCUGGAUGAAACUGGGAAGGUGUCAAAUAGUACACUGAAUUACCUCAUGGAGACUAUGAUUUGACCACUUUCAAAACAAAUGACUUGGGAAUGGAUUGUGACUUGGGGAAUACUGUGCGCAUUGCGGCGUUUGCCAUCCAGUGAAACUGUUGACAGACAAAUGCUGGUGAUCCGUCAAAGAGAAGAAAGAAGAGAAAAGAAAAGGACAUCGAAACUGUCACUCAUUUUGUGACCUGACUCUUUAAUCUGCACUGUUAAUAGAAGUCCAAAUGUCAUCAGCCAUAUUAGAGUUUAUUCACAUGGAAUACAAUGGAGGGAAACAUUUUCAUUGGGAGAUGGGAGUUCAUAUAUUGAAACUAAUGAUCAAAGAUUUUUAGCCUCUUAUAAUGAGACUGAAUCCUUAAAGUUGACAUGAAUAAUUGUCAUUUUGUUAUUGAUUUUUUGCAUUGUUGAUAACCUUUUGGCUGUUUUAUAAUAUCUUUGACAGGCUGACCGAUUAUAUAAUUGAUUGAUGGGUAAAUCAGGUAAUACUGUCUGGACUAAUAAUGUUUAAGCACCUAGAGAAAACUUAAAUAUACAAAUUGUACUAAAAGCAGUCUCAGCCAUCCAUAUUUGAUAGUUCAAAUCUGAUAAAACUCAAGCCUCUUUCUUGCAUGUUUGACCAAUCAAAGGACAGCUUAGUAUGACGGCAUCAAAGACUCUGAAGUCGUUAUGGUUGUUCUGGUAUUUACAAGUGUAUAAGAGAAGAAAUAUACAGUAAUUAUAGGCAUGCACUAAUGUCAAAUAAGACAGCAUAGUCUUCACACUUUAUUUGCAACUCAAGCUGUUCACUAUGUAAGGUUGUAUAAGAGGGGGGAAAGGGAAAAGGGUUGUUAUACAAUGGACAAUUUAUAAUCCAAGGGCUAUUACGAAACUUCUUUAUGUGUGUCUGUGCUUCCGUGUUCUGACGGCUUUUUAACUUUUCCCGCGUCAAUGUUGGGGACGCGGAUGGUGCGGAACAUAGAGGCUACAUGCCUAUGAGAGUACAAAACAGAGCAAAAUAAAACAAAUUCUGCAAA